AUGUGGCGAAUAACCUUAUUGGUCGGCACGGAAUGUGUGAUGUUCCGUCUUCAUACCGUUCCCAUCUUGGGUCGUAACAAGUACGCAGAGCCCGAUAUCAAUGUCACCAUCUUCGAACGCGCUGCAUUGGCAGAGAUUUUCUGCCGCCAGCCCGACGGCUUGACUGAAGAUCAGAUCUUCGAGCGCAAGAUCAAGGCCGUCAAUCUCAUGGUGGCUCUCUGCGACAAGAGAGAGACGGCCAAGCGUGAUCGCAUUCAGCAAAGGGCCAAAGCCUGCCUGUCCAUAAAGACCGAGCCUCUCGAAAUAGAACACGAAACGUUGCCCAGCCCUGAUUGGUUCCCUCUGCUCCUGCAUACUGCGCAAUGCCCUGAUUGCAUCGGUGAUGAGCGACUCUCACGUGAAAAGCGAACAUUUACAUACUGCCGCCCAACUAUCAUGAACGACUAUUUCGAUGGCUAG